AUGUUUAACUCAUUGAAUUGGAUCUUUUCCUCUACUAGUGAAACAAAAUUUGGUCACAAUUUCAAAGUAAAGCAUUUCUCUACUAUUGAUAAGGAUGUUCUCUCUGUGAACCACGGAUCCUAUGGGAACGUACCAACUGUUGUUUUCGACAAUUACAUCGAAAAUACCAGAAGGGAAUACGGUUUCCCCGACAGGUUCAUGCUAACUGAACAGAAAAAUGAAUAUAUAGAAGCGUUAGAAAUUGUUGCUACUAAGUACUUGCAUUGCGAUUAUCACAAUUUGGCAUUUGUCCCCAAUGCCACCACUGGUGUAAACACUGUAUUGAGAUCUUUACAUUUUAACAAGGGUGAUAAAGUAUUAUUUUUCUCGACAAUCUAUGGAGCUUGUUAUAAUACAAUUAAAUUUCUUGAGCGUUCUGUUGGAAUUAUCCCGGUUGUCAUUGAUAUAACUGCUUACCCUUGGGAAGAUACAGAAAUAUUGGAAAAAUUCAAUCUGUGCAUAUCUAAUGAGGACCCUAUUAAGUUGGCUCUAUUUGAUGCAGUGACUCUGAUGCCUGGUGUUAGACUCCCCUUUGAGGAUUUAACUAAAAUCUGUAGAGAGAACGGUAUCAUCUCAUUAAUAGAUGGGGCCCAUUCAAUCGGACUAAUUAACUUGGACUUGGGAGACACAGCGCCUGACUUCUUCGUUACCAACUUACACAAGUGGUUAUUCGUUCCUAGAGGUUGUGCAGUCAUGUACGUAGAUCCAAAGUUUCACGGCGAGAUCCAAAGUCUACCCGUAAGUCAUUCCUAUGUCGAUGAGUCUAUCGUUAAACCAGAUAAGAUGACUCUUAUCGAUAAGUUCUUCUUUAUUGGUACAAAGAAUUUCGCAGCCAUUGCAACAAUUAAAUCGGCUAUCAGGUUUAGAGAAGAAGUAUGUGGCGGAGAGGAUGCAAUUGCAGAAUACUGUACCAGUUUAUCUGAGGCAGCAAUAAAGCAACACCAAGAGAAGUGGCCAUUCAUGAAGUUCAUCAACAAUUCCAACCUGCUGAUAUUAGUUCCAUCUAUGGUUAAUUUGGUUAUUAAGUUUGGUGAUUUAUGCAAACAUUACGAAAUUGCAAAUGUACCUGACAUAGAUUUUACAAACAAGGCCCAGGCAGAAAAUUUUCACGACUAUGUUGAUGAAUUGCUAUUAAAAGAAUAUAAGGCUAGAGUUCCCUUUAUGAUUUUUGGAAAUGGAGACAUUUUGAUUAGGUUUUCAUGUCAACUUUACAAUGAAGCUUCCGAUUAUGAUUUUGCGACAGAUUCCUUUGUAGAUGGUAUUAAGAGGUUUGCAAAAGAAACUACAAAGGUAGAUUAG